AUGCCUCGCUUUCCAUUGCCAGUAAGUUUAUUUUAUUAAUUGAAAUCAAUACUAACAAAAACAUUUUCAAUUUUCAGACAAUGCCUUUCAAUAGAGAAAUCUCUAUUGGUGUUGGAACACAAAUUCGACUUACAGCAAAACCUUAUCCGGAUUCAAAAAGGUACGUAUUGAUUUUCGGAAAUCGAAAAAUCGAUAAUUUUUUAGAAUCGUCAACUUCAAACUUCUGAACAGCAAUGAAGAAAUUGGAUUGAAUAUUCAACUGGAUUUGGGACAAACUCAAAAACUAUCGAUAAAUUGCAACAUUGGCGGACAAAUCUCAAGCUCUUUGGACUAUAAUUUACAAAUUCCAUUUGAGAGAAGCUUUUUGCUUUUGAUCAACACUUUUCAACAUUCUUUCCAGGUUUGGAAUUAUUGUCAAUUGAAUCAAAAAUAUUUGAAAUAUUUCAGAUUUGCCUGAAUGGUAUCAAAAUCGCUGAUUUUAUACAUCGAAUCGAUCCGGCGAGUCUUAGGAAAAUAUCGAUUACUGGACCAUUGAUUUGUGAAGAAGUUGAUAUAACUGAUGGACCAAGAGAACCACUUCCAACUUAUGAACAAGCAACAACAAAUCUUAUGAAAAAUAUGUCAUUGAGUGAGUUAUGACGUGGCAAAUUUUGUUUACAGAAAAUUUUCGAAUCAAAAAUAUUUUUAUUGAUUUUUGUAAACUUUUCGCAACAUAAUUUCGAAAUCUAUUUCAAACUGAAAAUGUAUGAUAAAAAUUUGUCAUGUGGUGAGUUGUAAAUUAUGAUGUGACAAAUUUCAAGAACGUUGAAAUCGGCUACGGAAAAAUUUGGAAUUCAAGAAUUUUUGAAAAAUAUGUUUGGAGAUAAAAUUUUAAAACAAUUUUGUUUAGAUUUGAAAAUAAUUUCUCACAAUACCUUUUAGCGAAUCAAUGUUUUCGUCAAAAAUCCUGCCACGUCAUAACUCAUUCCUUCAUUUUUCAGACGAUGCUGCUCCACUUCCAUCAAAGAUUCCAUCAGCCCCAAUAUCCGAUGAUCUACCAGCUCCUCCUCCAAAUAUUCUCAAUCCAACAAUGGAAUCUUCCUCCUCUUCUGCUUCUUCUGCUUUUCCAACAACAACCACGUCUUCCUCAUUUUUCUACACUGGAAAUUCUCAAGGAUUCUCGAAUCACCCAUAUCCUCUUCCAGGUCUAAUUGACAAUUCAACUCAAUCAUCUCAACCGUUUCCAACAAAUCCAUUACCCCAACCAAAUCCAAUUCCUCCAACAAAUGUAACUCCAAUCAUUCCUACCGUACCAAUUUCAUCUCCACCAUAUCCAAUCGAAAACAGUAGAUCAACAACUACCGUACCACCAGCAGUUCCAUAUCCACCUGAUAAUUCGCGAACUCCUCAACCAUAUACAGUAACUUUUCCGCAAACACCAGCUUCUACACCUACAGUAAUUCCGCAAUAUCAAAAUACUCAACAAAUCCAACCAAUCCAAUUACAACAACAACAACAACCACCACAAUUUCAAUAUCCAUCACACAUAUAUCCUCCAACAGCUCAACAAAUGAUGCAACCAUAUCCAGUUGGAGUUGGAGUUCAACAGAUUCCUCCAGUUACUGUAGCUGUUCCACCUGCUGUGCCACAACCAUAUUAUUAUCCACCGCAGGCUUAUGUUCAAGGAUAUAAUCCAUAUGGAGGUGUUUAUUAUACGCCAGAAUAUUAUCCACAUCAUCAUCAUAGACAUCACCAUCAUCACUGUGAUUAA